GUUGGACGGUACUACUGGCAUAGAGCAGCGACAGGCAAUGAUGGAGAGGUUUAACGCUGAUGCGAAGAUUUUUUGUUUUAUCCUUUCGACUCGAUCUGGUGGUAUAGGAGUGAAUCUUACCGGUGCAGAUACUGUGAUCUUUUACGAUUCUGACUGGAAUCCUACUAUGGAUGCGCAGGCUCAGGAUCGGUGUCAUAGGAUUGGGCAGACGCGAAAUGUUACAAUCUUCCGUUUGAUCUCAGAAAGAACUAUAGAGGAGAACAUCUUACGUAAAGCAAUCCAGAAACGUAGAUUAGGUGAAAUGGCAAUCGAUGAGGCUGGUUUCACACCAGAGUUCUUCAAACAGUCCGAUAAUAUACGUGAUCUCUUCGAUGGCGAGCUCGAUGUUGGAAAUAUCGAGAUUAUCGAAGGCCCCAAAAGUCAAAAAGACGUGGAGAAGGUAAAGAAAAGUUUUUUCAUGGGACGUGGUGAAGAUAAAGCAUUGACUUAGGC